AUGAAAAUUAAUCAACAGAGUUUGUUGUACACAAUGUAUUUCACUUUUUACAUCUUUUAUAAUAUCUUCAAUAGAAUUAAAUAACAUUAAAUAAAUUUAUUCCAAUGAAUUUAACAUCAGGAGCUGUUUCAGUACUUUUGUUUGACUAGUUUCCCUUAUUUCACCUGCUAGAAACAUUUCAUCUACAACUGUAUACACCUGUAAUAAGAUUUCCAUCAGAGAAAUAAAAUUAUAUUCAAAUGUAUGCACAUAUAAAUUGUUUAUACUAAAUGCAGCCUAAGUCACAAAAAUGACAAUUCGUUGACACUAUGUAAAAUUAUUUAUUUUAAGAAAAAGUAUAAAUAUCUAAGAUAACAAAUAUAAGCAGAUUUUCUUAAAAGUUAAUAUUAAUUUUUUUAAGCACAUUGAAAUGUAAAAACAGAGUGAUUUAAGCCACUUUCAAAAUGAACGACUCAUAUGUAUUUAGACAUAUUAAAAAUUACCUUAUAAAAAUUAAAUACAAGGUCCAACUCACACACAUUGUGGAAAUAUUCGUUUAGUACUUCAACAAAAUUAUGUAUUGCUUCUAGGUAACAGAGAUUAUUAUCGUUGACAUCGACACAAAUACAAAAGUAUAAGCCAGCAUAUCUUCUAUAUACAAUCUUGAAAUUACGAAACUAAAACACAAAAAAUAUAUUGUAAUAAUAUUACAAUUAAUUAAAUUACAUAUUUAUUUAUACAAGAUAUUGUAAUAUUAUUUACAAAAUAUAUUAAAUACAUUAAAUUUUAUUUUCUUCUAAAGUUUAUAUUUUAUUAUGUAUUAAAAUAUUUAAUAUUAAUAUUAUAAUUAUUUAUAAAUAAAUAUUUACAAAAAUGUAAUAUAAAAUUUACCUCGACAAAAUUAGUAUGUUUAGCAUCUCGUACAGUUACUACUGCGUGUACCUCCUCUAUUAGCUUUUGUUUCUCGUCAUCAUCAAAAUUCAUGUACCAUUUUGCUAAUCUCGUUUUUCCAGCUCUAUUUUGAAUCAGGAUGAAACGAAUCUGUACAUUAUUUUACAAUUUUUUUUUAGAAUUCGUUCUGAAUAAUUUUGUAAAAGUAACAAUAAUAUUCUUUACUAAUACGGCAGUAAAGAUAAAUACUUAAUAUAUUCAGUAAUUACUUGCCAUGAUUAAUCUGUCUUUAUAUGUUAAUCAAUGCUACAAUUGCUGGACUUGACAACCAACGAUCAACAAGAAUACGUGAGAUCGAGCGACAUUUGUUACCGCCCCUGUCAUCAAACCAAGAAUUAAAUCGUAUGAACAUCUAAUGAUUUAACAAGAUAAUUCAGAUAUUUCAAUGACUACUUCAAUCUAUCUCUAACAAGAUUUCAAUUAAAAUAAUAUGUAAUUGAACUUUUUCAGAAAAUGCAUGUUCUGUAAUAACUCUUUCUACUUGGAAUAUUGAAUCCAAAAACAAAAUGGCCAAUGGUGGUAAAUUUGAAUUUGAAAAGAACAAGAAUGUAAAAGGAAACGUAGAAUUAGAUUAUGAAAGCAACGAACGAAAAGAAGAUUUCGAGAUGAAUAAAGAGGAAAGAUCAAAUGAAGGAUAUACAUUUAUGGGUAGAAAACCUGAACAUGGAAGUAUACCUGAAAAUAUUUUAGAAUUUUUUUAUUCUUAUGGAUAUAAUUGUCGAAAGUAUUUUAACCUUUGUGUAGUUGAUACAAAUACUAUCGCUUUUGCUGCUGGCAAUUUAAUUCAGUUUUUCAAUGUAGAAGAAAAUAGAAUGUGGUUUAAAAUAGGUUCUGCGGGUACCGGUAUUGGGCACAUAUCAAAAAAUUCUGCCUUCAAACAUAUUGCUGUUGGAGCAAAUGGAAAGAAUCCUGUAAUAAAUAUUUUUAAUUGGCCAAAUAUGGAGCCUAUAACUGUUUUAAAAGGAGGAACAAUUAAACGUUAUUUUCAUUUAUCAUAUAGUCCAGAUGGAUUAUUAUUGGUAUCACAAGGUGGCGAACCUGAUUAUUAUAUUUCUGUUUGGAAUUGGAAAGAAUCAAAUAUUAUUUUGCAAUGUAAAUCCUAUGUUCAAGAUGUAUACAAUGUUACUUUUUCAAAAUAUAUUCCUGGUCAAUUAACAUCUAGUGGGAUAGGACAUAUUAAAUUUUGGAAAAUGUCCAAAACCUUUACUGGAUUAAAGCUUAAAGGUGAAAUUGGUAAAUUUGGAAAUACUGAAAUCUCUGAUAUUAUAGCAAUUCAUCCUAUGCCAAACGAGACUGUAGUCUCAGGUUGUGAGUGGGGUAAUAUACUUUUAUGGGAUGAAAAUUUAAUUAAAUUGGAAGCAUGUAGAAAAAAUAGAGAAACAGCACAUGUUGGUUAUAUUACACAAUUUGAAUAUAUUAACGGAGAACUUAUGUCAAUCGGAUCUGAUGGAUGGAUACGAUUUUGGUUUUAUGAAACUAUAGAUCAUGCCGAUCUUUCCGAUGAUGAACAAUUUCUUGAAAUCCAACCAAUUUAUGAAUUUCAAAUUGCGGAAGGAAAUGAGAAUGCAAUGCUUAUGAGUAUACAGAAACAGGAACCAAAUUCUGAAAAAACAAUGUGGUAUGCUCAAGAUGGAAAUGGGGGAUUGUGGCUACUUGAUCUUUGCACUAGUAAAAAAGAACAUGUGCAACAAAAAGUUUUUACGUGUCAUGCUGGUCCUAUUGUUGAUAUGGAUAUAGCAGAUUGGGGACCCUUUGUAGCAACACUUGAUAAAAAUGGCAAUUUACAUAUUUAUAAUUUCAUAGAAAAAAAAUUAAGUCUAAUUCACAAAUUUUAUGACACUAGCAGACAAGUGAUUUGGCUGCCAUGUAAGAUUGAAAAAACGGGUUCAACACUUGUAUGCGCUUUUGAAAAUGGUAUUGUUAGAAUGAUUACAGUAACAAUACAAAUAUCAAAUACUGCAUAUAAUAUAAAAAAAGAUAGUACAAAACUAAUUCAAGUUUUGAAACCACAUUCAAUGCCAAUUACUGUAAUGUCUUUAAAUACAGCUUGCAGUUUGCUAGUAACAGGUAGCAAUGAUGCUACUAUUUUUGUAUUUAAUAUUGAUACUACCAAUAAUUAUCCUACAAUUAUACCUAUUGGCUAUGUAAAACUUCCAUCAUCUAUUACUUGCAUGGCAUGGAAUCCUCAAGAAGAAGCAACUUUAUUAAUUGGAUGUUUAAAAGGAGAUUGCGUGGAAACAAAAUUGCCUACAACACCCCAGUCAUACACAACAACUUCUUAUGAACUAGUUAAAUGUAGAUCAGCAUCAUUUAAGUUUGAAUCAGUAAAGUCUGCAAUAAAAAGAGAAGCUAUAAAAAAGAAAUACGAAGAAGAAAAAGAAGAAAGACUCAAAGAAAGAAGAAAAGAAAUGGAGAAAUUAAUUGCCGAGAAUCCUCAUAUUGUAAUUGAUGAAGAAACUUUCCUUAAAGAACUUAAUGAAAAAGAAGUGAUUCUCCCAGAAAUUUAUAUUCCAGAAAUUCCAAAUAAAGUUUUAAUAGCACAAUACGGUAUUAAUGGAAACAUAUGGUUAUUCAUGGCUGGUUUUGAUGCAGGAUAUGUUUAUGAAUACCCUCGCCCAUUAUCUGAAAAACUGAAACAUAAUAAACCCAUUAGGAGUAGAAUAAUCGAACAUGCAAAAGAUAUAGAAAUACAUAAUUUUUUUAUUCAAGAAAAUAAAAAAUAUUUAUAUUUGGGAACACAAUAUGGACAGCUUUAUGUCAUUAAAUUAAAAGAAAGAGAUCCAUUAGAUUUUUCAGAUUGUUGGAUUUUACAAACACAUGAUUAUUAUACUGGACAUAUCUCUAAUAUUUUAUUAAGUUAUAAUAACAAAAUAUUGUUAACAUGUGGUCAUGAUGGAAAUAUAUUUGCUUUCAAAAUCAAUGAUGAUAUACUGUAUGAAGAACACAAAGUACCAAAGUUAGAAGAUUCUUUGUUUAUACCUAAAAGUGUUGAAGAUAUUGAAGAUACUGAUUAUCCAAAUUUAGAAGAGGUAAUUACUAAAAUAGAACAAGAUAGAAUUUUUGCAGUUGCAGAGGAGAAAAAAAAACAAACUCUUGAAAUUAUACGUGAUUUAACAGAAGAAUUUGUUAAAAUUACUACAAGGAAUAAAUAUCUCCUGUAUUCGCAACAAAUAUCACAGUUUGAACUAGAUCCGAGAAUAGUAGAAGAUUUAAAACAGCAACUGAAUGUACAUACAACUUUAACACAACGAAAGUUGGAAUUUGAAGUAGAAAAAAAUAAAUUAGAAUUACAAAAGCUUAUGAAUCAUUUUGUUACACCCAUUACUUGUGUACCUUUUGCAGUUCAUGAAUAAUACAGGAACAAAUUGAAGAAGAAAAACAUGAACCAGAAGUGCUAGAAAUACAAUAUUUCGAAGCAUUUUUGGAUACAGAUUUCACUGAUUUAUUAUCUGGAUUAAAGAUACAAAUCAAUCAAAUGUUGUCAAAGUAUAAGGAAAAAAAGGCAAGAAUGAUUGAACGGCAAAAAAAAUGGCAGAAACUACAUGAAAAAAAACCAAAUUUGGUUAAAAAUCGUUUUGAAGAUGCAAUUUUUCUUGAAAAUGCAAAACUAACUAUUGGUGAAUAUAAUUUGAAAAUGAAUUUGAAAAUGAAUGCAGACUUUAGCUUAACAAGAAGAAAGGAAACUGCAGCUAUAAAAUAUAAACAACUUAUAGAUUGUAGAAAGAAGCUUCAUCACUUGCGAGAAAAUUUUAAUAUAAAAUUAAAAAUAAUUGCAUUGAAGAAACAAAAACUGCAGAAAGAAGUUAUUAAGUUGGUAGAAGUUCUUAAAAGAAUUCACACAGAAAUUCCAUUAAAAAAUAUAAAAUCUGUACCGCAUCCACCAAAAUUGAAUUUUGAUAUUGAAUUUCCUGAACAUAAUCUUGAGCUUGAGAGAUAUAUAUCUAUAUCAGAAAAGAUGCAACAAGUAAAACGUCAGAGACAAUCAUUAAUUGUAGAUCAAUUUAUAGAUCAUUCUGAUUUAGAAUAUGAUGUAUUGUAUUGUGAUGAUAAAACAAUUCUUCAUAGAGAACAAGAAAGUCUUUAUACUCUUGUUCCUACUUCAAAAAUUAAAAUAAGGGGUCAUUUAUCUGUAAGUGACAUAAUUAGGAAUCUUAAUGUAAGUGACUCCGUUCAAACUACUUGGGAACGUGAAAUGAAACGUUCUCGAAUGUGGCGAAAGAUAUACGAACAAGAUUGUAUUUUACGAUAUAUCGAUACUGAAUACAAAAAAUUGGAAACUGAAUUAGAUGAAUUAGAAGAACAUAGAUUAAACGUAAUAUAUCAAAGUACGUAUAUAAAUUUGAAUUUGCUAACUUUAUAUGAAGAAUUUAUCAUUCUGCAAGAAUCCGAAACAAUGGAACAUGCACUUGAAGAGAAAGUUACUGACAAAUCAAAUGAAUGUAUUUCAGUGAAGUCAAAGAUGCAAGCUACAAAUAUUAAUAUUGUUACACGAGAAGAACAAAUUAAAAAAUUACAUAUAAAAAUUAAAGAUAUUACUGUUGAAUUUACAAAAGCUAUCAGUGAUAGUAAAUUUCAAAUUUUUCUUCAAAAAAUAUUUAAAAGAAAAUAUUUAGCAAUAAAAAAACAAAAUGGAUCUUUAGAUACAGUUACACAAUCAACAGAAACAACUUCUGAAGAAACAGAUGAAACAACAGAUACUGAAGCUGAGUACAUUCCAUUUGAUGAAAAUAUAUGUCCACCUGGCUGUGAUACACAAUUAUAUGAAAUGGCAUUUUCUAUGAGAGAGAAACGAUAUGCAUAUGAAUUUCAAAUCAGAGAAGAACAAAAAGAAAUAGAAUUAUUGCAGAAAGAAUUAGAUACCGAUACCAAGUACUUAAGAAUUAUUGAAAGUACUUUAAAGAAUAACGAGGAAGAGUUACAAAGUUUUAUGUUGGAUAAACAAAAAAAAUUAAAUGAAGUUAAUGUAACAGUCAUAUUGAAACUUCAUCAAUUACAGCACAUAUUAGAUUUUGGAAACACAGAGAACAUUCAAAAUUGUAUAGUUUUUAACAAAAAAGAGUUAACAAAUUUAUAUGCCAGAGUCGGAGAAUUACAAGAUGAAACACACAACUUAGAAGAAACACGCAAAAAAAAUGAGAUACAUCUGAAACGAAUAAAAAUGGAUUUGAAAUAUAUGGAAACUCAAAAUAAAAGACUGAAGGAACACAUCAAAGAAAAGAUGAUACAAAAAUUUGGUCAUAAAGUAUCUUUGAUUAAUCUUUAUGAGAUUAUUUUACAAAGAUUAGUUUAUGAUACUAAAACUGAUGUACACAAAAUUAUGAAAGAUUUUACCAAAGACAUAGAAAAUGCAAAGCGAAAUUGUAAUGAAAAAUUGAUUAUUUUAGAAAAUUUAAUUCGAAAUAAUACUAAAAAAUUAAGUUUUCUGACAAUAUUAGAGAAAGAAAAGUUCAAACUUAGAAAAAUUUUGGAGCAAGCCUUAAUUUCAGAAGAGAGUAUGUUACAAGUAGAACAUGAGCAUAAAGCUGACAUAGUCGCGCUUGAAAAUAUCCUUUAUAAUCAAAUACAGCAGAAACAUAUGUUGCAAUAUGAUAUAGAAAGCCUUAAAACUGGAUCAAAAAAAUUACCUGAGAUUUGUUUAAAUCAAAAUGUAUCAUAAAAAUGCAUAAAGAUAUAAUCUUUAGUAUUCUUAAAAAUAAAGUUUCUGAAUUGAUAAAUUUUUAACAAAAUUCGUUUCUAUCAUCUUACGAUAAAAUUAUACUUUAUUAUAUUUAUAUUUAUUAAGUUAUAUAACAUUUGUAUAAAUUAUAUUAAUAUUAUGGUCAUAUAUAAUAUAUAAAUUAUAUUAUGGUCAUCAGCAUAUUUGACUAUACAAUAAUUGUAUAAAUACCGAUUUUAGAUUAAAAUUAAAGAACAGACUUGUAUGGUCAUAAUCGAAAUAACCAUAGAGUCAAGAACGGAACAAUUCUCGAAUUUAAUA